AUGAAUAUUAUCAUUCUGAUAAUCUAUUUGAUUUAAACUUCUUUUUCUGAGCUUUUGAAUAUAAGAGAAUGUUAAGAAUAACUUCUUUACCCAAAGUUUUGUAUAGAAUCAACGAAACAUUCUCCAUGUAAAAUAAUUUAGAUAUAUUAGGCAUUUUUCAUGAACGAUUGAAAUUUUGUCUUCCAAUUUAAGAUACUAAUAAAGGUUGCAGUAAUAAUUUAAAUGAAAAAGCUUGUAUAAAUUAAUUGAGUGAUUAAUAUGGAAAAGAGUGUUAAUGUAUAGAGUUAACUUAAUUUAGGUAUUUUUAAUUUGAGAUGCUAAAAAGCUUCAAUAAUACAGUUAUCUAAUUUAGGCUGUUUUGAUAAGUUUAACAAGCAUGCUUGUAUGAAUGUUAGAAAUCAUAGAUGCUAAUGGGACAUUUCUUGCCAGUAUGUUUCAAAUGAACAAAUAGAAUUUAUAUCAUGUGAUUAGUAAUAUAAAAUGCCUGUGUCUCCUUUGGUUUGUUCAUCCAUACCGAAAUUAGAAUGUAAUGACAAUUUAUCAUUAUUAAGGUAUGAACUCUGGUUCAUUGGGAGGUUAUAAAUGUGUUUCAAUACAGGAGAAGGAUUACUAAUAAUUAAAAUGCUCUGAGUUAGGAUUGACUGAGCUGGCUUGCAGAAAGAUAAUUGCAUUUGAAGAAAAAUGUAUUAUUAUAAUUAAUAUUAGGUAUUUUUUCAAAUAAUGUUUGCCGACAAGUCUAGAAUAAUGAAAUUGUAAAUUGCAAUUAAAAGAUCAAUAAAUUAGCUUGCCUUUCAAUAAAUAAUCCCAACCUUAAUUGUUAUUGGAUGAAUCAUUAAUGCUUAGAAUUUAAAGUAUCAGAAGAAAAUUAAGAAAUCUUGUCUAAUGUAAGUGUAAGUGCUAGCGUAUGUGCUAAGCUUUAAGAUUCUUAUAAAUUUGAUACCGAAAAAUAUCAAUGCGUACUUAUUCCUUUGGAGAAUUCUCAAAUUUUGGAUUGUAAUACGAUUGGAUUAUCUAAGAAAGGUUGCCUAUUUANGAUCGAUGAUGCUUCCAAUCUUCGCCUUAAUAAGUUUAAUUUUAAUAUGAGAGUGAAAUAUAUAAAAAUAUUUAGCAUUAAUAAUAUUGCAUUCUAAAUAUAUAUAUUUAAUACUUGA